AAUACGUUAAUAGCGGGUAUUAUAAGGAUUAGUUUUAGCUUAGGUAAGGAAAUUAUUACUUUAAGUAUAAUAAAAAUAGAGACGUACUUCGGAACGAUAACUUUUUAUAUUUUACCUAUUAAUAUUCUAUUUUUUUUAUAUUUAAAAGAUAUAAGUUAA